AUGACAGAUAAACUUAUAUUACCUAGUACUUCAGAAGAACAAUCAAAUGUAUCUACUACAGGCUAUGAAUACAGCAUAGGUCCAAAACAAUCUUUGCCAAAUGAGGCAAACUCUCCUUAUAUACCCUCAAAGUUAUACUCUGAAUCAUUGGUUUAUAAGAAACAACAGGUAGCUUUGUCAAGCAUGGCUUUCCUCUUUAAGGAGAUGAUUUCACAGAUUUAUAAUAAUAGUAAGUCGUCUUCUGAGUUCGAAUCAAAACUACUAAAUUACGGUUCUAGUAUAGGCCUGAGACUAUUGGAAUUACUGAAUAUCAGGGCUUCUGUACCUUCAAAUACGUACUCAAGGUCAUCGACGUUCCUAUCUUCCAACGCAUCAAAUCCUUCGAGUUCCAAUAAUGUGAAUUCAAUUUCAAAUACCUCCAAUCCAAAUUCUACAAACUUAAACGACAUUUCAAACGCAACAAACGUCGGUAUCAAUAGUUCAACAAACAUUAACGAUAAAAACUACGAAUCUUCAGAAUCUCUAGCAAGUCUAGUAAGCCAUAUGAGAUGCCGUGACUUAAAGAUAAUCGAUAUUUUGCAAUUUAUGCAUGGUACCGUUUGGACUUAUCUAUUUGGUAGUCCUAGUAAUGACUUAGUCAAAUCAUCAGAACGUGAAAAUGAAUACAUGAUUGUAGAUCACGAACAUAUGUUGACACAGUUCAUAUCAAACAAUAAUUCUUGUGAUUAUUUCGUAUGUGGUAUCAUUCAAGGUUUCUUAACAAAGGCUGAUUUCCCUUGUACUGUAACACCUCAUUCGAAUAACGAAAAUGGUAUAGACGGUGGAGUAAUCUAUCUAAUAAAAUUCGACAAACAAGUAUUAGAAAGAGAAAAUUUAAGAUAUGGAUCAUGA